GGAAAAGGAAAAGAAAAUUCAUACAUAAAAGCUGGAAAACGAAGCAUUUGGACCAUCGAUUUAGUCGAGAAGCUCAACAAGUCGCCAGUCACCCGGGUAAGAUAAUCCGAGUUUUUCCAUCCAAUGGCAAAGACAAUCGUCGACGAUGAGUACCUCAAGGAGAUCGAGAAAGCUCGUCGGGACCUCCGCGCUCUGAUCUCCAGCAAGAGCUGCGCUCCAAUUAUGCUUCGCUUGGCAUGGCACGAUGCCGGAACUUACGAUGCUAAGAUAAAGGCUGGAGGACCAAACGGUUCGAUCAGAAAUGAGGAGGAGUAUAGCCACGCCGCCAACAAUGGCUUGAAAAUUGCUAUAGAUCUUUGCGAGACUGUGAAGUCUAAACAUCCAAAGAUAUCAUAUGCAGAUUUGUACCAGCUUGCUGGUUAUGUUGCUGUUGAGAUCACUGGUGGCCCCACCAUAGACUUUGUUCCUGGUAGGAAGGACUCCAAGGUUUCUCCAAAGGAAGGAAGGCUUCCAGAUGCUAAGAAAGGUGCACCCCAUCUGAGGGAUGUCUUUUACAGGAUGGGUUUGUCUGAUAGAGAUAUUGUAGCUCUAUCAGGAGGUCACACUCUGGGAAAGGCUCACCCAGAGAGAUCAGGGUUUGAUGGUGCAUGGACAAAGGAGCCAUUGAAAUUUGACAAUUCUUACUUUGUGGAGCUGCUCAAAGAUGACACUGAAGGCCUCUUAAAACUUCCAACUGAUAAAGCUUUGGUUGAUGAUCCUGAGUUUCGGCGUUAUGUUGAGCUGUAUGCUAAGGAUGAAGAAGCUUUCUUCAAGGAUUAUGCCGCAUCCCACAAGAAAUUGUCUGAGCUUGGAUUUACUCCACCCGGUCCGAAGACCGUGAGGGAUGGUCCCAUAUUGGUGCAAGGCGCUAUCGGUGUUGCUGUGGCUGCUACUGUUGUGGCAUUGAGUUAUUUGUAUGAAGUUCGAAGGAGAGUAAAGUAGAUGAUCUCAUGUUCUAAGUCACAAUCAGAAGAGAGAACUCUUGGGUUCUGCUUGCAUCUAUCAAAGUUUUAGGAGUGAGAUUCGCAUCUUAAAAGUUAAAUAACACCUUGCAGUUGGAAAUGUCCACUUUUUGCCUAAUAGAUCAUAAUAAUUUGUCUGUAUUGUAAGACCAUUAUAUAAUGCAUGACACAUACUUCGUACAUGUUAUGAGUAUUGAGUAGUUGUCUUUUUUGGCUUUA